AUGGGAGAUGAAGCAAUCCAAGAACAUCAAAGGUCAUUAGCAGCUCCUUUCAUAUUUCUGAUUGUUGCUACUUUUCAAUUGGCAUACUAUUUCCUAGAUAAUUUGAAUAAGAAUGGAUCUGAUAGUAGUAAAAAAGAAAACAUGUUACGUGAAGAAAUAAAACAACUUCUGAAGGAGGCAAGUUUAUUGUCACAACCAUCAACAUUUGCACAAGCAGCAAAACUCAAAAGGCUAGCAACUGCCAAGGAGAAGGAGCUUGCAAAACUUCAAAAUUUAAAUCGCAAAGAUCUAGUUUUGUACUUGAAAAUAGUUCUCAUUGGAAAGUAUUUAACAUAUGGAGUGUUGCUUAUUUGGUUUUGGCGUAUUCCUGUUGCUAUCAUAUCUCAACAACUUGUACAACCAUUUGCAAAGUUGUUAUCUUGGAAAAGUGGAGCAGUUCAAGAAAAUGACACAAUGGUUGGGAUAAUAGCUUGGUUAAUAGUGUCAGCUAGGGUUUGCAGAUAUGUCCGUCGAGCUUGUAGCAAAUUGUCAUGA